AUUAUAUAAAUGAACGCUAUCUGUGCACGGCUCGCACAUUCAUCGUUGUUGUUUUAUUAGGCGUCUCCAUCUUUCACCUUGCCGUUAUAUCGCUGCUAAGAUUCAUAACAAUUCAAUGGCCAAUGCAGCAAGCUCGAUUCCUGACAUCCUUUACAUUGAAGGUGAUCGCUGUCAUUAUGUGGAUUCAUAUGACCUUCAUGUGCUUCUUCAUGUUUCUCGACAAAUUUAACACUUGGACUCCUGAUACUGGUAGCUGUCUCAUAUAUAAAAUCAUUGUUCCUGGCUAUUACAAGAUCCUUCAGUGGCAUAUCAUUUUGUUUAUGUUUGUAUGUCUCAUCAGUUCCAUUAUGAUUGGAUACAUUGCAUGGAAACAGAGCAAGAAAAUCGCUCAAGUUGUUGGUCUCUCUGAUGCUAACAAGGAAAAGGCAAAAAUGGAGAAGAAAUAUACAAAGACAUUACUGUUGAUUGUUGGACUCUUCUUCUUAACAUACCUUCCCUUUACUAUAUUUAGCUCCUUUCGAUUUGAUAUAGACUCUGUAUGGCUACAAAGUUUUGGAUUGUUUGUUUCCAUAUUUGGAUUGUGCAACAGCGCAAUGAAUCCAUGGGUCUACGCUCUACGGCAUCAGACUUUCCGUCAUGCCAUGUUGCGUGCACUCAAGUGCCCUGGCACCACAACCAAUGAUUCAAAUUUGAACUAGAUUCACAAGAUAAAUGAGGAGGACAUUGUGUUUUACUUUCUACCUUAUGGAAGGAGGCACUUGAGGAAGGAGAUAAACAGUUAUUCAACAAAGAGUGAAUUUGUCUUAAUAAUGGUCUGUCUUAAUUGAUACGGCCACAGUCAGACUCAAAAUUAGACCAAAACUAAUUUAAG